GAAUGUUCAGUGAUAGCUGGAAACACUACAAAGGUUGAUAGUCCUCCCUUCCCUACUGAAAGGGUGGAGUCAUCAGGCCCAAAAAGCUCCAGGAACAGAGGAAGACAUGAUGGAGUCACAUACACACAGUUCUCCUUUGAGGACAGGAGGAACGAGGAUCUGGACAGGAGGAAAGUGACCUGUGGACUUGCAUUUGACCUAUACUAGGAUUGAAAUAACUUUGAAAAGGCUGUUAUGGGUCAGUGACUAAACAAUAGAGAUGUUCUAUUUAAUACUAGACAGUCUGUUGUAUUUCCUGUUUCGGAGAAUAUCAUAUAUCAACAUGUUUUGGUGCAGUGGUUCAAAAAUGAUCUUCCAUUGGCCAGUAAAUUAGUUGAUAGAAUUUCAGUUUUGUAAACCAUUGUACUGUAAAACCCCAAACUGUGAAAUAAAUAAAUGUAAACGACAGGGAUAGUUUGAUGAAUAGUAUAUUCCUGAUGUGGUGUUGUGACUUACACUGCCUGGUUUUAUUUGUGUUGCCAGCAGUGGUCGUUUUAAAUCACAGCGCUAGCGGGCGCUGUUUCUUUAGUCGGUUCUUAAUUUUUGAACAGUGCAGGAAGCGCUUUAGCCAAUCGUUCAACACACGACGCGUUUAGACAUGUUAGCGGAAAAGUAGCUACAGCAGUGUUAGCCUUAUACCCAUCUGAUAAAGCACUUAGCAUCUGGUGGGAAUGCGCUGUGUUUGCAACGUACUUAAAACGUGUUAUUCUACCUAUUCGUAGAGGUGAAAAUUAUUUUCUCGGUAUGAGUCUAGAGGUGGCUUGCUUGUCAUUUCGCCAGCCGUACGCUACUCUUGUGUUGAAUGGUGUGAAAGCGAUAGAGAGCCGCUGGCGGCCCCUGCUGUCGGAGCUGCGGAACUGCACUCUAGCGGUGCACAUCGCUCAGAAGAGCUGGGAAGGAGAGGACUGGAGACUCAUCCUCACCGACAGACUGGGCAUGACUGCCGUGCAAACGGAGGAGCUGCUGGAGUCUGGAGAAAGGUUCGGGCGUGGUGUUAUAGCAGGUCUUGUGGAUGUUGGGGAGACGUGGUGUUGUGCUGAGGAUAUUCCUGGUGAAGAGAUGAAAGAGCUGGAAACAGCAGCUUGCUUGACUGAACUCAAAAUGAAAUACCUUACAAGACUCUCAAACCCCCGGUGGCUCAAUGAACCCAUGUAUUCCAGGGGCCAUAAAGACGUGUGGACGGUGCACAUCCCAGUUCAUCUCCUGCCCUCUGCUCCUUCUCAUCCAUAACAGUGAAACAAAGUAUUCAGUAGUGUAUUUGUGUCUGAGACGCUGAGAUGUGCCUCCCUGGAGAUUUGCGACGUAUAUGAUGUGUGCAGGUUGUUUUUUCAACAUUAAAUAUAUUUAAAAAAAAAAGCAUUUGUUACAUAUGUAUGUGCUGGUAUUCGGUAAUUCAAAAUAUCACGAUAAUGAACAUGCAUGAUAUUGUUAUCGUGGGCACUUCAAAAUACAGUGAAUAAUUAUUUAUUACAAAUUUAUUCAGAUUUUUUGGAAUGCAUUUUAAGAAUAGGUUUUGCCAUCAACUGGUUAAAAUGCACAACACUGCUGUAAGCUGCGUCAAUGUUUUAUUUAAUGGACAUGAGCUAAUAUGAACUAAUAUUUGUAUUUGUUAACAAAUAAUAACAAUUUCUGUAACAAAUGCUCAUUGUUAAUGUUAGUGUGUUAACUAGGCUUAAUGCGAUCUUAUUGUAAAGUGUUACCUAUUGUUUCUAAUAAUUAUUUUCUUCUGUAAUCUGUUUGAAACGUUUGUUUACUUUAGGCUAUGUUUUGUGUGUGUGUAUUACUUUAUUGUAUUUAAACGUUCAGUUCUUUUCGUUAUAAGAAAAAAGUUAUUAAACCUAUUAUGACAACA